AUGUGUCCAAACAAUCUCUUGUCAAUAAUUAUAUGUUUUGUGCUAGCCGUUAGCUGUAGCUUUGUGUCUGCACAAAGAUGUGGGAACUCUCUGUUUUUCAGACCAAACAGUGCUUACGAUACAAACCGUCGCCUCGUUCUCCCAACUCUUGCAUCCCAAGUCAGUUCUCGAAAUGGCUACUACAACGUCUCGGUUGGUGAAGGCCCUGGAAAGAUCUAUGCCUUAGGCCUCUGUAUCCCAGGGACUGAUCCAAAGGUCUGUUCUGAUUGUAUCCAAACCGCAUCCGAUGGUUUGCUAGAAAGCUGUCCGAACCAGACCGACUCAUGGGACUGGAGAGCCGACAAGACUCUCUGUUUCGUUCGUUACUCCAACGUAUCGUUUUUCAACCGGAGCGAUCUUGAGCCAACACAAGCAGAGUACGAUAGUGGAAUGUACACAGGAAACGUUACAACUUAUACUAGAGUAUGGAACUCAUUCAUGGAAUCUAUGAUCACCCGCGUCGGUCAAUCUCCAUCUCGAUACCUGUCUGAUGUAUCCCCUCGGAUAGGUGAGAGACUUGAUGAUAAUGUUUACGCACUGAUGCAGUGUAUUCCGGGUAUAUCUUCUAAGGAAUGUGAAGCUUGUCUUCAAGAAAAUGUACGUGCACACCAAAGAUGCUGCAAUGGGUACAUAGGUGGAAGCGUUGGAAAGCCGGUCUGCUUUUUCCAGUGGGAUGGUUAUGCAUACCUUGGUGCCUUUGAUGCUUUUAAUGACACGCAUUCCAAACCUGCUCCGCCGCCUCCUACUCUUCCUUCUCCCCCUCCUCCUCCUCCUUCAGAUGGAAAAAAGAUUGCUACAAGAGCUAUUGUGGCCAUUGUUGUUUCCGCAGUUAUAUUUGUGGUGCUGCUUGGUUUUGGAUUAGUUAUUUGGAAGAGAUUGCACAAGAAGUUAAAACUUCAAACUGAUGAUGACAUGACUAGUCCACAGUCCCUACAAUAUGAUUUUGCGACAAUUGAAGUGGCAACAGAUAAAUUUUCGAGGAACAACAAGCUUGGCCAAGGCGGAUUCGGUGAAGUUUAUAAGGGAAUGCUACCAAAUGAAAUCGAGAUUGCAGUAAAACGGCUAUCAAAAAAUUCAGGACAAGGCACACAAGAGUUCAAGAACGAGGUUGUGAUUGUGGCUAAGCUUCAACACAAGAAUCUUGUUAGGCUUCAUGGGUUUUGCUUAGAAAGAGAUGAACGAAUACUUGUCUAUGAGUUUGUUCCAAACAAGAGCCUUGAUUAUUUCCUCUUUGACCCAACAAAGAAGAGUCAGCUAGACUGGAGAAGACGGUACAACAUCAUCGGAGGGAUUACGAGAGGGCUUCUCUAUCUUCAUCACGACUCAAGGCUCACUAUCAUACACCGCGACAUCAAAGCGAGUAAUAUUCUUCUUGAUUCCGAUAUGAAUCCUAAAAUAGCAGAUUUCGGAAUGGCAAGGAAUUUUAGAGUGGACCAAACUGAAGACACCACAGGAAGAGUUGUUGGAACCUUUGGUUACAUGCCUCCAGAGUAUGUGACGUGUGGCCAUUUCUCUACUAAAUCUGAUGUCUAUAGCUUUGGAGUAUUGAUUCUGGAGAUUGUUUGUGGCAAGAAGAACAGUAGCUUCUAUCAGACUGAUGAUUCUGGUGGAAAUAUGUUGUUUCAGCAGGUUUGGAGGCUUUGGAACAGUGAAUCACCAUUAGACCUCAUCGACCCUGCGAUUAGGGAUAGCUAUGAGAAGGAUGAAGUCACUAGAUCCAUUCAUAUAGGACUACUAUGUGUUCAAGAGACUCCUGCACACCGUCCAGAGAUGUCAACAAUAUUUCAAAUGCUUACUAAUAGCUCCACUGUUUUACCUAUGCCUCGAGCACCUGGAUUAUCUGAGCAAAGACAGUCUCCUAAAAUGUAUAUGAAAAAUUUCUUGUCAAUCCUAUGUUUUUUCCUCGACUUUAGCUUCGGCUUUGUCUCUGGCCAAAUAUGUGAGAACUCGCUGUUUUUCAGACCAAAUGGCACUUACGAUACAAACCGUCGUCUCGUCCUCUCAAAUUUUGCUUCCAACGUCAGCUCUCGAGAAGGCUACUAUAACGUUUCUGUCGGUGAAGGCCCCGGAAGGAUCUAUGCUUUAGGCCUCUGUCUCCCAGGGAUUGCUCCAAAGUUCUGUUCCGAAUGUAUUCAACUUGCAUCUGUUGGUUUAUUACAAAGCUGUCCAAACCAGACCAACUCAUGGUUCUGGAGAUCCGAAGACGAGCCUGAUACUAUCUGUUUUGUUCGCUACUCAAACCGCUCGUUUUUUAACCAGAUCGAUCUACAGCCAAGAGAAGAAUUUAUUUAUCAUGUAGACGUAACUGGAGACGUUGUGGAGUAUCAGAGAACAUGGGAAGGUUUCAUGGUGCGUAUGAUAUUAGCAGCUUCGUCCUCAAGUCCAAGGUCGCUUGCAGGCCGACAUUAUGCAGCGAAUAUAACUUCUUUGCCCAGUUUCCAAAAAAUAUAUGCACUAAUGCAAUGUAUCCCGGGGAUUUCUUUAGUGGAUUGUGAUGCUUGUCUGCGCAAAAGUGUUGGUUACUUCCAAAGGUGUUGCAUUGGGAAACAAGGAGGAAGCAUCAGGAGACCGGUUUGCUUUUUCCGGUUUGAUCUUUAUCCGUUUCGCAAUGCUUUCCAUAACAUAAUAUGGUCCCCUCCUCCUCAAAGUUCUCAAGAUCGUGGAGAAUUAGAACCCACAACAUCACAUCUUCCUCCUCCAGUUAGCAAAACCAUUUCGAAAGGGGUUAUAAUGGCAAUAAUUGUAUCCACCGUGAUAUUCAUCGUCCUGUUAGCUUUAGGAUUGAUUGUUUUGAAGAGAAGGCAAUCAUACAAAAAACUAAAUCUUGAAACUAAUGAUGAUAUAACAAGUCCGCAGCCAUUGCAAAUUGAUUUAAAAACAAUUGAAGCCGCAACUGACAAUUUUUCGGGGAACAAUAAAGUCGGCCAGGGUGGAUUUGGUGAAGUUUUCAAGGGAACAUUACCAAACGGAACUGAAGUUGCGGUGAAGCGACUAUCGUUAAAUUCAGGACAAGGCACACAAGAGUUCAAGAAUGAAGUUAUUCUGGUGGCAAAGCUUCACCACAGAAAUCUCGUUAGGCUUCUUGGGUUUUGCGUCGAAGGCGAUGAACAAAUACUUGUCUAUGAGUUUGUCCCCAACAAGAGUCUUGACUAUUUCCUCUUCGAUCCAAUAAAGAAACGAUAUCUGGAUUGGGAAAGAAGGUACAAUAUUAUUGAAGGGAUCUCCCGAGGGAUUCUCUAUCUUCAUCAAGAUUCAAGGCUCACAAUCAUACACCGUGAUCUCAAAGCUAGCAAUAUUCUUUUAGACGAUGAUAUGAACCCAAGAAUAGCGGAUUUUGGCAUGGCAAGGAUUUUCGGGAUGGAGCAAACUCGAGCCAAUACUAACAAGAUAGCAGGAACCUUCGGCUACAUGGCUCCUGAGUAUGCAAUGCACGGUCAAUUCUCCAUGAAAUCUGAUGUGUACAGCUUUGGAGUCCUGGUACUUGAAAUAAUAAGCGGCAAGAAGAAUAGUAGCUUCAACCAAACAGAUGGAUCUGCUGGCAAUUUAGUCACACAUGUUUGGAGACUUUGGAGAAAAGGUUCGGCUUUAAAAAUAUUAGACCCAGAUUUAGGCGAGAGUUAUCAUAGCAAUGAAGUUACAAGAUACAUUCAUGUAGCGCUUUUAUGUGUCCAAGAAAAUCCUGAAGACCGUCCUAUGAUGUCUACAAUCAUCUCGUUGCUUACGAGUACCACAAUCACUUUACAAGUGCCUCGUCCACCUGGUUUUUUCUUAAAAAGUAGCCAGGAUCAAAAUUCAGAAGCUAGGGGCUCAAAUGCAUUUGGAAAGCCUAUUACUUGUUCUAUCAAUGAUGUAUCGAUCACAGAUUUAGAUCCUCGUUGAAGAUGUUAUUAUUUUCUUUCCGUAAGGUUGAACUUUCUGGUGUCUUGUUCUGCUUAUAUGUAAGUGAAACAGAGGUGUUUUGGUUUGUAUACAAUGAAAAGUGGUCCGUAACUAAACUUUCUGGUGUCUUGUUCUACUUAUAUGUAAGUGAAACAGAGGUGUUUUGGUUUGUAUACAAUGAAAAGUGGUCCAUAACUAAACU